AUGGUGCUGAGCCUUCCGCCUUUGCUCCACCACGCCGCGGAAGACUGGACACCACUUCUGGCAGCAAUUGCCAGCCUGAGCGUCGCGAUGUCAAAUAUUUUCUUGAGCCGAUUGCAUACAGUACACGCCCAAGCGCGAGACGAAAAGACCGGCGCCAGCUCGCGCGUCCGCCAUUUGGGCCCGGCCGACGCUCCCGCCUACUCUCUGGUCGCGAACAGCCUCCCGACCCUCGCCGUGCACGACUUUUCACAGGCCGUGCCGCUCCUCCAGUACUGGGUGCUCGACAUACCUGUGCUAGCCACGCCCGCGCUCGGCAGUGCCCAGUGCAGCUCCUGA